AUGCAACGAGCAGCCUACGGACGCUCUCCCCCCCUCCACCACCCGGUGCCACAACACGUCUCGACAGUUCCUCAGCUUCGAUCUCCACCUCCACCAGCCUCGCAGGCCCAUAGCAACUACGAUGGCAGCCCAUACCCUCAGCAGCAACCGCCGCAGCAACAACAACCCGGCGGUAUUCCAUCAGCGGGGCCAAACGUGUUCGGCCAGUAUGGGAACUUCAUAAACGACCCUGCCGCGCAAUUGGCUUCGCAGUUUGGCCAGACGGCGUUUCGCCAAGGCCAGGAGUAUAUUGAGCAAAACGUAAACCGCUUCGUCAACGUCUCAGCACUCAAGCACUACUUCAUCGUCACGAACUCCUACGUAAUAAACAAACUUUUUCUCGUCUUCUUCCCCUGGCGCCACAAGCCCUGGACCCGGCGGCAGGCUACGGGGCCUUCGGGCCAAGAGGCCUGGUACCUGCCACCACGCGAUGACAUCAACAGCCCGGACAUGUACAUCCCCGUGAUGUCGUUGGUCACCUACAUCUUCCUACAGGCGCUCAUCUCAGGUCUCAAGGGCCAGUUCCAGCCGGAGCUGUUUGGGUACAUUGCGACGACGGCUUUGGUGGCCGUGAUUGUGGAGAUUCUGGGGUUGAAGCUGGGGUGCUACCUCCUGAGCAUCUCGAACGAGUCGCAAUUGCUGGAUCUGGUGGCCUACUCUGGGUACAAAUUUGUUGGCGUCAUUGUCACGAUCAGCGUGGCGGAAAUCAUGAACGGCGGCAAGGGCACCGGUGGCUGGAUUGGGUGGACGGUGUUUAUUUACACCUUUUUGGCGAAUUCGCUUUUUCUGAUGCGGUCUCUUAAGUACGUUCUCCUCCCCGAGAACAACAACGACAACCGUGGCCCCAUGCAGACCAUGCACCCGCUCGACUCGCGGGCGAAGAGGAACCAGAGGACCCAAUUCCUCUUCUUCUAUUCCUACAUUGCCCAACACUCCUUCGCGUCUCACCGGAAUCUCUCAGCUUUAAAAAUUUGGGAAACAAGUAGACCUGAACGAGCCAUGGCACCCCCAAUUGUGACCGCCACGGUCCAAACCGCCGUCAUCUCGGCCAUCUCCAAUGUUCUCGCCCAGGCGAUCACCGCCCAUCAGAGUAAUACCACCCUCACAAUCGACUGGAUCCCCGUCUUCCAAUACACCCUCUUCGCCCUGAUCUCCACACCCCCCAACUUCCUCUGGCAAGACCUCCUCGAGUCCUCCUUCCCCGCCUACCACGCCUCCCCCACCAAAGAAGCCGUCGCCCUAGCCGCCGCGUCCGACGACGCCGCCCUGGAAAAGAAAGCCUCCGUCAAAACAGGCAAAGGCAACGCCCUCGUCGAACCCCGCCUCAACAAGCUCAACACCAUCACCAAAACCCUCCUCGACCAAUCCAUCGGCGCUGUCGUCAACACCUUGCUCUUCUGUUUCUUCACGCAUGGGAUCCGCCAGGCGAUGGCGCACCACUACGCGGCGCGGGCAGCUGGGCUGGUUCCCGCUGAUAGUCUCGCUUUUCUCUUGUCGGGGCGUGACGCGGUGCGGUACCAGGACGUGGCGUGGCCGAGUGUGUGGGCGAGUACGCAGGCGGAGUUUUGGGGGCUGAUUAAGGCUGGGUGGCGGUUCUGGCCGCUGGUGAGUUUGGUGAACUAUGUGUUUUUGACGAGUGUUGAGGCGCGGAGUCUGGUGGGCGCGUUGGCGGGGCUGGGUUGGGGGAUCUAUGUGAGUUUGGCGACUGCGCAGCCUCGAAGGGGUGAGGUGGUCGAGUUCAGUACAGAAGACGGGAUGAGGCUACGAGGUUAA